UUUGGAAAGCCUGACGAUCAAGCCAUGGGUGAUGAACAAGAGUUGUCAGUCUCCAAGACCCACAAGCGGAGGUGGCGGAGGGCUUUGAAAGCCAUAUACUUCACCAGGGCUCUUGUUUCUUUGUCCAAGAAAGCACGUGACAAGAAUGCCGGCCCUCUCUUGCGCAGCCAGCUCUCUUACGUUGCCAUUGACAUGCAGCCCGUCGGCGCGGGUUCCUCACGUGACAGACCCGUUUCGUUUCUCAACGUUGAUCCCAAAAUAUUAAGUGACAUGGUAAGGGAGAAAGACUUCGAGUCUUUGAAUCACUUUGGAGGGGUUAAAGAGCUUGUUUCAGUCCUUGAAACAGAUGUAAAAGACGGUAUUAAUGGUAGCCAGGCUGAUCUUAUACGCAGGAAGAAUGUGUUUGGUGCCAAUAAAUACCAAAAACCUCCAGCAAACAGCUUUCUUUGCUUCGUGAUUGCAGCAUUGACAGAUAUAACUACAAUCGUUCUUUUGUUAAACGCUAUAUCCCUUCUAGCCAGUGGUAUCAUCCAAGGUGGGUGGAAAAAUGGGUGGUACGAUGGUGGGAAUAUCCUUGUUGCUGUCAUUUUGGUUGUUGUUGUGUCUGCUGUGAGCAACUGUAAGAAAUCGAGGAAAAUUGAGAAGCUUUUAACAAAGAGAAGUGAUAUAAGAGUAGAAGUUGUGAGAGAUGGGAGGCGCCAGCCUAUAUCCAUCUUUGAAGUUGUUGUGGGUGAUAUUGUCUGCUUGAAGAUUGGCGAUCAGAUUCCGGCAGAUGGGCUGUUCUUGGAAGGGCAUUCCUUGAAGGUGGAUGAUCAGUCUAGCAACUCCGGUGGUGAAAGCAACCAUGUUGAAAUCCAUGAAACAAGAAAUCCCUUUUUGCUCUCCGGCACAAAGGUGACGGAUGGCUUUGGUAUCAUGCUUGUCACUUCUGCGGGCAUGAACACUGUGUGGGGCGAGAUGAUGAGCUCAAGAAAAGCCAAUGAGAAGAUACCAAUAUUGCCGGCAGGCAAGAUAAAUCUAAUAUUAUAUAUUGUGACGACUGGGUACUUUGUGGCUGCACAAGUUCUGGCAGUUCUGCUGAUUCAAUACUUCUCAGGAAACACAGAAGAUGGCUGGGGAAGCAGGAAAUUUAAUGGCAGCAAGACGAAGUUUAGUGAUGUGAUGUAUGCAGUAGCGUUGGACAUUGGUACUGUUGUUCUCCCCAUCAUGCUAGUGGCUAUUCCGAAAGGCCUGCCUCUGGCUGUGACUCUAACUCUGGCUUAUUCUAUGAAGCGUAUGAUGGCUGAUCAUGCCAUGGUCAGAAAACUCUCUGUUUGGGAGACGAUGGGCUCCGCCACAACAAUCUGCACAGACAAAACAGGCACCCUUACAUUAAACGAAAUGGAAGUAACAGAGUUUUGGCUUGGAAAGGAAGCAGUGAAGGAUGAAUCAUCUCUGGAUAUGCAAGGUAAUGUUCUCAAACUGAUUCAACAAGCCGUUGGUCUAAACACAACAGGCACAGUUUACAAGCCAAAUUCUGCAUCAGUUCCUGAAAUUUCUGGUAGCCCAACAGAGAAAGCCAUACUUUCUUGGGCUUUGUUUAAUUUGGGUAUGAAUAUGGAGGAAGUUCAGAAUAAUUAUGAGAUCAUCCAUGUAGAGGCUUUCAACUCUGCGAAAAAGAGAAGCGGUGUUUUGGUGAAGAGCAACAGGGAGAACACAAUUCAUACUCACUGGAAGGGAGCUGCUGAGAUUAUACUGACCUCCUGUUCAUCUUAUUAUGACAAAGCGGGGAUGCUGAAAGCAAUGGACGCGGAAGAAAAACUGCAGCUUGAGACUAUUGUUAAGAAUAUGGCAGCAAAAAGCCUCCGAUGCAUUGCCUUUGCUUACAAAGAAAUGGGAGAAGAAAGCGGGCAGGUUCUUGAUCCGAACCUUGAAGAAAACGGGCUGACAUUAUUAGGAUUAGUUGGCAUGAAGGACCCGUGUCGACCAGGUGCCAGAACAUCUGUAGAAUCUUGCAGAGCUGCUGGGGUGAACGUCAAAAUGAUCACCGGUGACAAUGUGAACACAGCAAGAGCUAUAGCUAUUGAAUGCGGGAUUCUCAAUCCUGAUGGGGAUUUGGAUAAUGAAGCUGUGUUAGAAGGGGUACAGUUUAGAAAUUACUCACCCGAAGAGAGAAUGGAGAAGAUCCGUAAAAUCAGUGUAAUGGCCAGGUCAUCCCCUUCUGACAGGCUUCUGAUGGUGCAGUGUUUGAAGCAGAACGGCCAUGUGGUCGCAGUACUCACAGGUGAUGAUGCACCUGCUCUAAAGGAAGCAGACAUUGGGCUUUCCAUGGGAGUUCAAGGAACCGAAGUGGCGAAACAGAGCUCAGACGUAGUAAUCCUGGACGAGGAUUUUACAUCUGUGGUGGCAGUGUUGAAGUGGGGAAGGUGUAUGUACACAAACAUUCAAAAGUUCAUUCAGUUUCAGCUCACAAUGUUUGUCGUCGUCCUUGUCAUCAACUAUGCUGCAGCUGUUUUCUUUGGCAAGGCUCCACUGACUCCAGUCCAGCUAUUGUGGGUGGACCUAAUAACCACCACCUUGGGAGCUAUAGCGUUGGCCACGGAGAAACCCACCAAUGAUCUCAUGGCAAAGGCUCCUGUUGGCCGAUCAGAGCCACUUAUAACCAGAAUCAUGUGGAGGAAUCUCACUGCUCAGGCUUUGUACCAGAUAACCAUCUUACUGGUUUUACAAUUCAAAGGAAGGUCCAUCUUUGGUGUAGACGAGAAGGUUAACAGCACCCUGAUUUUCAAUACUUUUUCCCUCUGCCAAGUCUUCAACGAAUUUAAUGCAAGGAAGCUGGAGAAGAAGAACAUAUUCACGGGGUUGAUUGAGAACAAGAUGUUUUUACGAAUCAUUGGAAUUACCAUACUUGUUCAAUUGAUAAUGGUGGAGAGGCUGGAGUGGCGGCAAUGGGGUGCUUGCAUUGGGCUUGCGGCUUUGUCAUGCCCAAUUGGUUGGCUCGUCAAGUGCAUUCCGGUUUCACGCAAGCUUUGAGGUGUUUUAUCAUGUUUGAUGAUUUGACUUCUAAACUUAAUUAAUUAGUUUAUUUAUGUGUUUUAU